AUGGAGAAUAACACAGAAGUGAACGAGUUCAUCCUGCUGGGACUAACCAGUGCCCCAGAGCUGCAGAUCCCAUUGUUCGUAAUGUUCCUCCUCAUCUACCUCAUCACUCUGAUUGGGAAUCUGGGCAUGAUUCUUCUGAUCCUGCUGGACUCUCGUCUCCACACCCCCAUGUACUUUUUCCUCAGUAACCUGUCCCUGGUGGACUUUUGUUACUCUUCAACAGUCACUCCAAAAGUGAUUGAUGGGUUCCUUGUAGGUUCCUACAAGGUCAUCUCCUACAAUGCAUGUGUUACUCAAAUGUUUCUUUUUGUACUCUUUGCCACUGUGGAAAACUAUCUCUUGGCUUCAAUGGCAUAUGAUCGCUACACGGCCGUGUGCAAACCUCUCCAUUAUACCAACAUCAUGACCACAAAUGCAUGCACCCAUCUGGUCAUAUGUUCUUAUGUCUUUGGUUUUCUAACUGCUGCUGUUGACAUUGCAGACACAUUUUGUCUCUCUUUCUGUAAGUCCAAUGUGAUCCAUCACUUUUUCUGUGAUAUCCCAGCAGUCAUGACUCUGACUUGCUCUGACAAAUAUAUUAAUGAACUGAUUUUUUUUCUCAUUUCAAGCUUUAAUAUCUUUUUUGCACUUCUUGUUAUCUUAAUUUCCUAUAUGUUCAUAUUCAUCACCAUUUUGAAGAUGCGCUCAGGUGAGGGAUACCAGAAGGCUUUAUUGACCUGUGCUUCUCACCUCACUGCCGUUUCUAUAUUUUAUGGGACUGUCAUUAUCAUGUAUUUACAGCCAAGUUCCAGUCAUUCCAUGGACACAGAUAAAGUGGAAUCUGUGUUCUACACCAUGGUCAUCCCUAUGCUGAACCCUAUAGUGUACAGCCUGAGAAACAGAGAGGUGAAGUGUGCAUUUAAGAAGUAUGUUUUCAGGAUGUGA